AAAAAAUGUAAGUGUGGUCUGGCGCCCUGUCUGUACAAACCGUAUUGGCGAAAAGACAGGCCUGUGUUGUAAAAAUAUAUAUACAAGAUAGAAGUAAGGAAUUGAUGCGUAGGGAUAAUGCUACAAGAAUGAUGUGUGGUCUUCCGCUGUUAUUGAUGCGCUGCCAAGUUUGGCUUCUUCAGGCACUGGUUCGUCAUCGUCAUAUUCCUCAUCCUUACGGCUCAGCUUGUCAAUUUUCCAAAGGACAUGUCUUUAUCCAUUUGCCACGGGUCAGACCAGCGUCGAAACGUGGGAGUGGUCGUAGUAAGCCACAAAGUAAAAUGGUUUGCCGCCAAAUAUAGAUGCGGAACAGCUCAGAGCAGAAGCACGUCCGCAGUAGUCUUGAAAAGCCAUAGUAGUAAUCACUGAACGUUACUUGGGCAGCAAAUAAAGU